AUGGAUAGUGCAAAGAAAAUUGCCAAUGAAUUAGAAAUUGAGCCAGUAUUUCCUCAAAAGCGAAAAAUUCGCAGAAAAAGACAAUUUGAUGAGAGUGUUGAUGACAUUUCAUUAUCACCCGAGGAAUCUUUCAGGGUUCAUUAUUUUUUAUACAUUGUAGAUCAAACUAUUAUUUCAUUGACCCAAAGAUUAGAGCAAUAUGAAGUAUAUGAAAGAACUUUUGGUUUUUUGUUUAGUUCUGACAAGUUACAAUCGAUGACUGAUAUCAAUUUGAAGUCUUGUUACACUUGUUUAGAAGCAGCUCUUAAGAGAGAUGAUCAGUGUGGUGAUAUUGAUGGAAAUGAAUUGUAUGUGGAGCUAAAAUUGCUUAGAGAGAUUUUAUCAAAAGAAAAGAUAGGUGCACUGAGUAUAUUGAAUUCAUUGAAACAGAUGGGUUGUUUUCCAAAUGCGACUAUUGCAUAUCGAAUAUUAUUGACUAUCCCAAUUACUGUUGCAUCUGCAGAAAUGAGUUUUUCGAAGUUGAAAUUGUUGAAAUUUUACUUACGAUCAACUAUGUUGCAAGAGAGACUCAAUGGAUUAGCUUUAAUCUCCAUUAAAAAUGAGUUUUUGGAAGAAGUUGAUAUCAAAAGUUUGGUAGAUGAUUUUGCGUCUAAAUGUGCACGGCGCGUGUCACUUUUUAAAUAA